AUGGACAACACAACAAAGGGUUGCAACAAGGAAGGGACUCGAGCUGAUGAAACACGAACUGAUGAUGAAGUGUUCAACGAUGUCCCAGACUACAGAAGAUUGAAGGUUGAAGACGUGAAGGCUAUGACGUUUAAGACAGUAGAGGACGCAGAGAGGUUCUAUUCUGCAUAUUCCUUGGCACUUGGCUUUGGAUUUAGGAAGGAUACCAAAGGAGAGGCUGAAGGUACGAUCCGGAGGAGACAAUGGCUUUGCAACAAGCAAGGGACUCGAGCUAAAAAGUGGUUCGUACUAGACGGAAGGGGUCGUACUCCUCGGAAAAUUACAAGGGUAAAUUGCAAGGCUAAGUUCAGGGUCAAUUACAACGAGCUUGUAGGAGCUUAUGUGGUGAAAGCCUUUGUUCCAGAGCAUUCUCACGAGUUAGCAACAGGAAACCAGACUGCCUUCAUUCGUUCGCAUCGAAAUGUCGGCAAAUCAGACUUGGCCCGUGCAAAUACAAUGUCUAAAGUGUCAAUCAGACCUUGCCAUGCGUAUGAGUACAUGGUGGAGCAGGCGGGGGGAUAUAGGACAGUGGGAUUUACUGAGAAGGACCUACACAACAAGCUUGACCAACAACGGCGCACCACUUCCUUUGAGAGUGACUCCGAAGGCCCACUUGCCUACAUGAACGCUCUGGCAGCACAAGACCCAUACUUCUACUGCAGGUUCAAUGUAGAUAUAGAAGACAGGUUAGCAAACAUGUUUUGGCGAGAUGGGCAUGCAUUUGUUGAUUUUAUGUGUUACGGGGAUGUGCUGAUCUUUGAUAGCACAUACAAAACCAAUGUUUACAAAAAGCCAUUGGUUUUGUUUGUUGGGUCAAACAAUCAUCGGGGAAGUAUUUUGUUUGGUGCUGCUCUUCUUGUCGAUGAAACGGUGGAGACAUACACUUGGCUGUUGCGUUCGUUUUUGGAUGCAAUGAAUGGGAAGAUGCCAAUAGCUGUACUCACAGAUGGAGAUGAGGCCAUGCGUAGUGCAAUUGAAGACGUGAUGCCACAAGCAAAGCACCGUCUUUGUGCUUGGCACCUUUCCAGAAAUGGCAACACUAAUUUGAAGUGCGACGAAAAGUUGAAAGCUUUUAACAGGUGCAUGAGAAAAUUCCAAACUGUGGAGCAGUUUGAAGUAAUGUGGCACGACAUGGUGGAGAAAUUCGAUCUCCACAACAGUUUCUGGAUCAACAUGAUGUAUGAGAAACGAGACAAGUGGGCUCAAGCAUUUUUCAGGAACCAUUUUAUGGCUGGCAUGAGAAGCACGCAGAGGUGUGAGGGCAUGAAUAGGUUCAUAAAAGACUCUAUUGGGAGAGGCAUGAAACUAGUCGAAGUCGUUCCGAGGAUGGACCGAGCACUCAUGAGAUUGAGAAACAAUCAAGUAAGGGAUGACUUUAACACUAUGAACUCAACCCCUGUUCUCGAAACUCACCUAAAAGACUUGGAGAAUCAUGCAGCUUCUAUAUACACAUACGAUGUGUUUAAGUGGGUUAGGAAGGAGAUCAGGAAGGAGAGCCAAGCCACACUACGACAGGGACCAGAGUACUUUGAAGAUGGGCACCGUGUUUACACAAUGUCAGCUUACAAGCGGCCUGAUUUUGAGCACAAGGUAGUUUACUACCAUGGGAAAAACACUGAAAGUGCAACAGACCCGAUCAUAUAUGGUAUGUUCUUGUAA